GAAGUUUAAUCUCUUAAAUAUCUGAUAGAUUAAUUUCAGAGGAAUAUUGGAUUCAAGGAAAUGUGGCUUAUCGUUAUGAUACAGAUAUACAUGCUAAAUGGUUAUUAGGAUUUUGUAUUCCCUUAUCUUUAUUCUUUGGAAUCAUAAUGCCUACUUACUUUUGGUAUGGAAUAAGAAAAAAUUAACAUCGAUUAGAUAGUACUUAAGUGAGAUAAAUCUGGGGCUAUCUUUCUAAUGAAUAUAAAUUACAUGCUUUUUAUUGGGAAACUAUCAAAAUCAUUUAAAAAGAAUUAAUCAUAAUUAUAUUAGCUUAUUAUGAGGAUUAUAUUCCUAUUAAAGGAUCUCUUGUAUUUUUAGUGUUAUUUGGAUAUAGCAUUUUAUCUAAUGCUCAAAAACCUUAUAUGUCUGGGGAUCUUAAUUACUUAGACUCAAAAUCGACUGUUGCCUGUGCAGUUUCAUUCAUAUCAGGCAGCUCUAUUUACACUGCUUAAUAAUCAAAUUUAUAGGAAAUUGUUUGGCCAUUUUAUAUCAUUAUUGGAAUUUUAAAUAUCUCAUUCAUUGUAUAAAUGCUUAUUAAAAUAAUAUUUGCUUAUUUUGUUAAACUGAGUGAUAAAAUUGAUUAGGUUAAGGAUUUUAUUAAAAAACAUUUCCCUAAUUUAAUCAUUAAGCAUCCAUUCUUCGCUUGGUUAUUAGAAACUAGUAAGUAAAAAUUGGAUAGGAUUAAAGGUAGAUUUACUAAAUUAAAAAUUUAUCUUACAGCUGAAGCUAAAAAGAGAUUAGGGUUUAAAAAGGAAUAAAUAACCAUAUAAUAAUAAUAAUAAUAAUGGUGGACAAUGGGUUUGGGUUUGGGUUUGGGUUUGGGUUUGGGGUUGGG